ACCUUAUAUGUAGAUUAUGAGCACUUGAUAAACACCUACCAAUUUUUUUAUACAGUAUUAUUAUUAUUAUUAUUAAGCCAUUUGUAUGCUUAUAUUUUUACCCAAAUGUGUGUUCAUUGAUGAGAUCAAAGUCAAAACUAAUUUUUAUAAAAUACUUAAUUAAUUUUUUUUAAAAGUAUUGUUUUUAUAAUAAAUAUAAAUAUAUAAUAAUAAUAAUACUACUUUUUGCCAACAAAAAUGCCGAUUGAUUUAUAUUAUAUGCCGGAGUCGCCACCAUCGAGGUCUGUGCUAAUGGUGGCUAAGCACUUGGAUGUUAAAGUAAAUAUUAAACCAUUGGACAUCCUAAAAGGGGAACACCUAGAACCUGACUUUAUUGAGUUAAACCCAUCUCAUACAAUACCGACAAUUGUUGAUGAAGAUCUGGUACUAUGGGAAAGUCGGGCCAUUAUAACCUAUCUGUGCAAUCAAUACGGUCCGGACUCGCCGUUAUAUCCACAAAAUACUGAGGAAAGGGCUAUAGUGGACAAGUGGUUGCAGUUUGAUUUGGGAACACUAUAUAAGUCUAUUUUAGACUAUACGUCUCCCAUGUUUGAGGGCAGUAUCAAACUGGACAAACAAAAAGAGCAGACCAUGUGUUCGGCACUGGAACUGUUGGACAAUCAAUUGUCGCAAAAUCGUUACGUUUGCGGAUCCAAACUAACACUGGCCGACAUAUCCAUCAUACAGGGCAUCGACCUAUUGACCGAAGUCAUGGAAUACGACAUUACCAAUCAUCGUGACUACAAGUUUGUGGCCGGUUGGCAGGCCAGACUCAGGCGCCGGGAUCUGCCCUACUAUAGAGAGGUGUGCGAGGAUGGCAACGAAAAUCUAAGAAAUUUUGUACGUUCACAAAUACACGGGUCAAAUACCAAUCCCGCUGCCAAAUAGUGAAUCAAUGAUAAUAAUAAUAAUAAAAACCUACCUGUGCAAUCAUUUUACUUAAGUGACUUAAGCUCCCAUAGGUUUUUAAUUGAAAUUUCUUAAUUAUUAAAUUAUAUGUUUGCAUUUUAAUUGUCAACAAAAGUAAUAAAUA